CCAGCCUGUGAUUGGCCCCUCCGCGCCCCGCCUCUCCGCCGUCCCGCCCCGUGCCCUCCGACGGCCGCCACACUCAGACACCGAACGCCAGCCAUGGACCUGGGGCUCGCGGGCCGCCGUGCGCUCGUCACCGGGGCGGGCAAAGGCAUUGGGCGCGGCACUGUCAAGGCGCUGCACGCGGCGGGGGUGCAGGUGGUGGCCUUGAGCCGGACCCGGGCCGACCUGGACAGCCUGGUCCUCGAGUGUCCUGGGGUGGAGCCCGUGUGUGUGGACCUGGGUGACUGGGACGCCACGGAGCGGGCACUGGGCAGUGUGGGCCCCGUGGACCUCCUGGUGAACAACGCCGCCGUGGCGCUGCUGCAGCCCUUCCUGGACGUCACGAAGGAGGCGUGUGACACAUCCUUCGAUGUGAACCUGCGGGCUGUCAUCCAGGUGUCUCAGAUUGUGGCGAGGGGCCUGAUAGCUAGGGGGGCCCCGGGGGCCAUCGUGAAUAUCUCCAGCCAGGCCUCACAGCGUGCAAUAACCAACCACAGCGUCUACUGUUCUACCAAGGGUGCCAUGGACAUGCUGACCAGGGUGAUGGCUCUGGAGCUUGGGCCACACAAGAUCCGCGUGAAUGCGGUGAACCCCACAGUGGUGAUGACCCCCAUGGCCCAGGCCAACUGGAGCGACCCCCAGAAGGCCAAGGCCAUGCUGGAUCGAAUCCCACUUGGCAGGUUUGCUGAGGUGGAGAACGUGGUGGACGUCAUCCUUUUCCUUCUGAGUGACCGGAGCAGCAUGACCACGGGUUCCACCGUGCCGGUGGACGGAGGCUUCCUGGCCACAUGAGUCUCCUCUGCCUAACGUAACUCCUGCUUCGUGCUGAGCCCACCCCUGUCCCCGUCUCUCCAAUAAACAUGAUUCUUCUGC